AAACGACUAGCAGAAAAUGUUAUAAAGGAUUUUUCUGAAUCGUUGCCUUGCGUUAUUAUUAGACCUUCAAUUGUAAUACCAUCAAUUAGCGAUCCAAUACCAGGUUGGAUAGAUAAUUUUAAUGGCCCAAUGGGCUUAGUAAUUGGUAGUGCGACCGGUCUUUUGCGCGUAGCUUAUAUGGACUCUUCUGUAGUACCAGAUUGGGUACCAAUCGAUGUUGUAACAAAAGCAACGGUAAUCGCUGGUUGGAGACGGGGAAUGAGAAACAUCGCUGAGGAUACGAGCAUUCAUAUUUAUAACUGCUGUACCAAGGACAUACUGAAUUUGAGUCUACGCAAAUUAUUACGCGUAGGUUUUCGUUUCGCUUGUGAUAUUCCUUUUGAGAGGAUUAUUUGGAAACCAAAUAUGAUUGGGAUAAAAAAUUAUUCUUUAUAUUACAUACUGGUAGUGAUACUACAUAUGUUGCCGGCAGUUCUAGUAGAUACUAUUCUGAGAAUAGUCCAUUUACCUCCGAUGUUACUAAAGCUGCAAAGAAAAAUAUUCGUAUCACUUUUCGCAUUGUCUUUUUUUGUAAGAAACUCGUGGCACUUUAAUAACUCAAAAGUUAUAAGCUUGUUUGAGACUUUAAGCGCGGAUGACAAAAUUGAUUUUGGAUAUAGAGACUUGAUAGAUUUCAAUAUCGACGACUAUAUUAGAAACGCCAUUAUUGGCAGUAAACUUUACUUGCUUAAUGAAAACAUGAGUCGCUUGGAGCAAGCGAGACGUCAUCGUAAAAGGAUGGACUGGCUCAAUGAAAUAACCAAGAUAUUGUUUGUGAUUAUGCUAUUGUAUAUUUUCUACCCACUUUUCUUGUAA